GAUGUAUACGUGUUUUUCACCACUCAAGGAAAAAUAUUUUUUUCGGAUCAAAAAUUGUGUAUUUUAUUGUCAAAACAGCUUCUACAAAGAACGCAAAAACAAUUUUCUCUUGCUGAAUUUACUUAGCGCAACAAUGAUACUAAAUUUGUCACAUUCUCAACACUAGAAGCAAGAAAAAAGUGCAAAAUUAGCGAAUGGAAGAUGGAAUCAAAUAAAGAUGAUUUAAAAACGCAAUUCGUGACGCGAGAAGGAUGUUACCGUCUUCUGAACUUAUCAGAAUACUCACGACCCAAUCGCGUCGGUUAUCAAUCAAAUCAAAAUUCUCCUCAAGUUCGUGUAUCUUUCGUCUCCCUACCGCAAAGUCAAACGCAAAUUUCAGUAGCACAACAACAACAAAAACCAAUUGAAAAAGGAUCCUCAUCCGCAAAUAACAAUGGCAAUAGCAGUAAUCCAACCACAAAUGGACCCAUCCCAUCAUCCAACUCCUUAUCAUCAUCUGCCACCACUGCAACUGUGACCUCUUUAACAAAUGGACUUCAGCAGGAACAUAAUUAUCUCAAUCAAAAUAAUGUGCCGAAUGGUGAUUGGAUAUGCUUUAACUUUGGAAAAGAACUUUAUACGUACAGUUAUCGCGGUGUUAGAAAGGCUGCUGAUCUUAGCAAACCAAUUGACAAGAAACUUUAUAAAGGAACGAAUCCAAGUUGUCAUGAUUUUAAUCAAACAACAGCAACAUGUGACGGAGCGCCGCUUCUUGUGGGUUUCACAACUGGUCAAAUUCAACUUGUUUAUCCUGGUCGUCGUGAGCAAGGAAAGCUUUAUAAUGAAGAGAGAUUAAUUGAUAAAACAAAAGUUACUUGCCUUAAAUGGCUUCCAAACUCUUCAACACUUUUCCUUGCUGCACACGCAUCAGGUCAUUUAUAUUUAUACAAUGAGGAAUUGCCUUGUUCACCUACAACUCCUGUUUAUCAACAAUUCAAAUGUGGUGAUGGUUACAACAUUCUCACAUGUAAAUCAAAAUCAACACGUAAUCCAAUUUAUAAAUGGUCAUUUGGAAUCAAUUGUACGGUUAUUAAUGGUAACAAUUCAUCGUCAUCGUCCAGUUCAUCAUCAUCAACAAUCAGUAGCAGUUCAAGUUCGUACUCAUGUGCCAGUGAUAAUUGUAGCAUCAAUGAAUUUUGUUUCUCGCCUGAUGGUGUCAAUCUUGCAAUUGUAUCACAAGACGGCUUCCUUCGUGUCUUUCUUUACGAUACAAUGGAACUUGUUGGCAUUGCGCGAUCAUAUUUUGGAGGGUUUCUUUGUGUUUGUUGGAGUCCCGAUGGCAAAUACAUUGUUGUUGGCGGUGAGGAUGAUUUAGUGACGGUUUAUUCAUUUACUGAACGACGUGUUGUUGCACGGGGACAUGGACAUCGAUCAUGGGUUUCAGUUGUUGCAUUUGAUCCCUACACGACGUUCUCAUCAUGGGAUACGAAUGACUUUUCUGACGAUGAAAAUCAAUAUGAGAUAUCGAGCAAUAGUAACAACAAAAGGGUGAGAUCAUCAUCAAUACGUGACAGUACGUUAGCUCCAGAUAAGUUGAUUUGUUAUCGAUUAGGCUCAGUGAGUCAAGAUACACAAUUGUGUCUUUGGGAUAUAACAGAAGAUGUUUUAAGACCACACCAUCGUGUGAGAUUAAGCACACUUGACCCAACACAGCAGCAACAUCAGCAAAAAUCUGAAUCAAUUCAAAUGAAUGGUGAUUGUUGUUUAGUUGGCGGUUCAGUGACUGUUAGUGAACGACCGUCACCGACUUUUAUAAUUAAGGAUAACACAACAGUUGAUAAUAGUUUAAGUAAUUCGCACACAACAAAAUUAUUGAAUUUUACAAAGCCUGUGAACUGUGUAGGUGGAAAUAGUGGCGAUGAAAAUGGCAGUAGUAGCAGCUCAUCGAAGAAAAAUAAAUCAACGUCAGUUUCAUUGGGCAACAAUUGUUCCAAUAGUAAUAUAAGUGCCACAAAAUCAUCGUCAACGAAUGAUGAAAAGUCCAACAACAACAAUCAUAAUCAUUCGGCCUUUAAUACACUCACACAACGCUUCUCAAACUUUAGCUUUGGAAGUGAUAAAAGCUCGAAAGGUAGCAAGAGAAAUUAUCAUUCAACAGGAAAGGGAAAUGGAAUUCAUUCUGUUGAUCAGAAGACAAACGCUGAUGGCAAUAGCGGAACAUCAACAUUAAGAAAUAAAAGUAAUAGCAGCAUUGUGACUUACGAUGCGAUGAAGUUAAUUGGAACACCAGCAUGUCCAAGAUACGAUGAAUGCCCUGUUCUUGAGCCGCUCAUAUGUAAAAAGAUAGCACAUGAAAGAUUAACCGCGCUAAUAUUUCGUGAAGAUUGCUUUCUCACGGCAUGUCAAGAUGGGUUUGUUUACACAUGGGCGCGACCGAGCUCGUCACAUUUAGCAACUAAUAGUCCAACAGCUACGCACAGCAGCACAAUUGUGUAAUUGAUGAUGAUUGUGUUGGUGGUCACAAAUUAAGCAUGAAAAGCAAUCAUCGACAACCAAGUGACACAACUUUGUACCAAAGAAAAACGAGUGAAAAGAAAAGAGAAAAAUGUUAGGAAUUUUUAAAAGAAAAUUUCCAAGUGAAUUUUUAAACAGUGACACAUGUAACAAAGUUUAGUCGUGACCUAAAGUUGUUGGAAACAAAAUUUCUUUCUUAUAUUUUGAUUGCAAGAUUAUAAAUUAAAUUAAUUACAUUCAAAUAUCAAAUUCCCGAAUGUUAAAGUUUUUCAAUCUUAUUUUUUCUUCAAAUUCUUUCAUAACUUCUCUUGUAAAGUCGAGAAAGAACAUCGUUCACGGUUUAAUCAAAUGUCAGCUGAUUAUCAGCAAUCAAAACAUUUCCCCAUCUUAGUUAUACUGGAUAUUUCUAAAAUGGAAUGAAACGCGAACAAACUUCAUUUAUUAAAAUGAAUUAAGUGCAAUCGUGACAACAAACAAGCAUUGUGGCAAAGCUGAUAAAUUAUUCAAACUUGCCUGAUCAAAAAAAAGAAAAAAUUCCCGCCAGUCCCUUUUCAAUUCAUAAGAAUUUUAUAACAUUAAUUAAAAUAUUCUGAGUCUGCCAUUAAUGCCUGAUUUGAUUUCAGUGAUAGUGGAAGAAGUAAAUUUAAUUAAAAACAAGAAACAUGAAUGAGAUAUUCUUUGCUUUUUAAACAAACAACAUAGAAAAAAGAAAUCUUACUAAAUUAAUUAGUUGUGUUUUAGUUAAAUAUGUAAUUGAUUUUAAAUCAAGUUUUUCAAAUCUAUCUUUACAUGUACAUAAGUAAAUACUUUUAAAUAAUGAAGACAAACAAUUCUUUUUCGACGAGAAUUCUAUCAGAAAUUAAUAAUGAAAGUUAUAAAAAUAAUAAUAAUAAAAAGUCAAAAUAAACAAUAAAAAAGAAAGAGAUCAAGUAGCAAUAAAUAAAUAACAUAAUAAAAAUAAUAUUGAGAACAAAAAGCUGUUCAUUUGAAUGAAAAUUCUAAACAGUUCAUUGCAUUUAGUUUUCAUCUUUAUAAAAAAUAAUAUGGAAACAUUCAUUUCUGUCGCGGUAUCAUUUAUGCAGACACAUAUCUAACAAUUAUGGGUGAGCUUUCAUAAGAAAAUUAAUAGGAGAAAAAAAGAGAUUCGAUAUUUUUCAAUCUUUCCAUAAGAUUCGUCAUUGACUUCGCACGAAGUUAUCCUUUUACGUCGAAUAACGUUACGUAAGUUAUGCAGUAAUUGGCAUAACGCGCUUACGUCCUUUUACGACACGAACAAACUUAGAAAGAUCAGUCGACGAACUGUGAAAUUGAAAUGAAAAAACUCUUAGUGCAACUUACAUAUUUCAUUGUCCGAAAGAAAUCUAGUUACCUAAAUAAAACAAAAACGAACAAGAAAAUUUAUGAAUUCCGAGUUGCAACCUGUGAAAAGUCAAGGGCCGUAAAAGUCCGAAAAAAUGUGUAAAAAAUAAUUAAAAUUAAUAAAAUCAAAAAUAAUUUAUUUCGAGGAAAAUUUAUCGAAGACUUUCAUAUUCUUUAAGUUUUCUCUCUAAGAGAUCAUGAUUAAGUCUAUGUUUACAUAAAAAUUCUCCGUUCAAGAAACAAACUGGAAUAUCAAGUCGAUAAAGUCGAAGAAACUUUAAAUUCUCUUUUUUUGUAAUGUCAACUUUCUCCAAUUGAUAUCGUCUGUUGAAUCGAAUCUCCAGCUCUUCAACAAGAUCAUCACAGAGUGAACAAUGAUCAUGAGUAUAAAGUGUGAUUACUGGAAGUUUACCUUGCAAUUCAUCACCU